GCCCCGCCUCUCCCCCCUCCCUCCCGCGGCUCUAUCGCUCUUCCCCCUUCUCCGAGGUUGCGGGUCAGUGGAGACGCCGUCUGACAGCGCUGAGCCGCGAUCACAGCCUUCCUCAGCCUCAAGCAGCGACCAGUCAGGGCGACACCGCCAGCACCCACCGGGCACCAUGGGCAAUGAGGCAAGCUAUCCGUUGGAAAUGUGCUCACAUUUUGAUGCAGAUGAAAUCAAAAGACUUGGGAAGCGCUUCAAGAAACUUGAUUUAGACAACUCUGGAUCUCUAAGUGUGGAGGAAUUUAUGUCAUUACCAGAGCUGCAGCAGAACCCCCUUGUCCAACGGGUAAUAGACAUAUUUGAUACUGAUGGUAAUGGAGAGGUAGAUUUUAAAGAAUUUAUUGAAGGCGUGUCACAAUUCAGUGUCAAGGGAGAUAAAGAACAGAAAUUGAGAUUUGCUUUUCGUAUAUAUGACAUGGACAAGGAUGGCUAUAUCUCAAAUGGUGAGCUUUUCCAGGUUCUGAAGAUGAUGGUUGGAAACAAUCUCAAGGAUACGCAGUUACAGCAAAUAGUAGACAAAACUAUUAUCAAUGCAGAUAAAGAUGGCGAUGGGAGGAUAUCUUUUGAAGAAUUCUGUGCUGUUGUAGGAGGUCUAGAUAUCCACAAAAAGAUGGUGGUAGAUGUGUGACUCUUCAGAGCAGUACCAACACUUCUGCUUUUUUCCCUCCAUCUCUGAAGAUCUGCUCAAGACGUCCAGCAACGCUCUCUGUGUAUUUUUAAAUGGAAGUAUUUUUCUCUGUGAAGCCACAUUUUCCAACAUGAGCCUCAUGAAGCCAACUUUAGUGUUAUUGAACUUUUUAAUCUCUCAAUAACUCAGUGUAGCACUUUAAAGUCUGAAGGACAGCAAGAUGGGGAAAGGCAUAUUGGUGUUGUGGAAAAGAACAAGGAAGGGAGUUGGCUUUUUAUUUAUUAUGUUUUUUGUUUUUUUUUCUUCAUCUUUUAUAACAAGGAAUCUAUAUAUAGCUUUCUAUGUAGUCAUUAGGUGGGCUUUAAUUUAAUAUACAAAAACAAUACUAGUAUACAAAGUGCCAAGCAGAACAUAAGCCGUUUAAUACAUGAAUAUAAAUCCUUACUUUUAUUUCACACAGUUUAUAAUAUAGUAGGAGAAUGUAUACGAUCAAUAGGUAUGGUUUUGUUUUUUCAUUUGUUAAAAUGUUUGUAUAUUAACUGGUUGAUCAACACGGUUGCUUCCUAUUAAUCUACUUGACAUUUCAUUUUUUUUUCCUUUUUUUCACACAGGAAAUUUGUAUGUUUAAUUUAUGUGUUAAGAUAUAUAUUGCCAGGGACUGUGUGUCUCUCUUGCUUUUUGAAAUGUAGUUAAAUGUUUCUGCCAAGUAAAGAUCCCCUUUUUGUACUCAUAGAGCUGCUUAAGCCCUGUGCUCUGCUUUGCCUAGUUACAGAAGCAAAUGUCUAAACCUCUUAUCUUUGUAAAUGGGUGCACACUGGUAGGACCUGCCCAUUUACAUAAACUGAUUUACUUAUCCAAUAGUGCUGAAUUGUCUAUUUUGACGUUCGUUACAUGGACUUCAUUUUUUUUAAUUUUUUUUUUAUAAUCGAACCAUUGGAUUUCUUUUCUUUUCAGUUUAAACAGUGUAGUAGUUUUUUUUUUUUUUUUGUUUUUUUUACUUCUCCCCUCACACCAUGCCAAAUGAAUUUAAUGCAGGCAGCCUGACUGGUAAUACUUAAAUUUACAUAUGUAUAUUGGGUACAGGAUAGGAUUUUUUUUUUUUUCCUUUUGUCUGUUUUGGACAAAAACUGUUAUCCGUUAUCUGGAAUUUAUUCAUUAACUAAUUUGGUUUUAUGUUUUUGUGUUCAUAUUUCAACACCUUUUUAUGUGAUCUAAAAGUAGCGAGACAUUUUCUGCAACUGUCACUUUUUUCUGCUGUGGUACUAUUGGCUGGAAAAUAAAAAAAAUAUAUAAAAUACAGGGAAAAAAGCUAAUUAAUAGGGUAAAUCUUUUGAAAUCAUAUCCAUUUUUUUUUAGGUAUAUAUGUAAAGUGGCAGGUUAUUAUACCUGGUAUUAAAAUAUCUACCUGCAAUAGCUGUUCCUUCGACUGAGUGCUGCACACCAUGGGCUCUGUCUGUGCGAGAGAAAUCCAGUUGCUUGGUGUCCUUGCAUGACAUGGAGUUUUGCAUGUAGAUCGAUUUUUUAAAUGUUCCUCUUGUUUACAUAAUUUGCAUUCUAUAUAAUUAAAAGGAAAAAAAAAGGAAUGUUGCCAAAUUUUGGUACAUGUUAAUGUUCAAACAGUCUCCACUACAAGUAACUUUCUUCCUCUGGAUCAGUACAUGGUUUAUAUUAACCCAGCCAGUGGUCAUCUUUUUUCAGUGUCAGCUGCCAUGUGCUCUGUUCCAAGGGGAAACCAUUUUUUUUUUAUUUUUUUUUGUAAAUAAGUUGUGUUAAACUUUUUAGCAAAAGCUUUCUCCUUCUCUUGCUUGUGCAUAUUUUGGCUGGCGUUUAAAAAAAUAAAAAAUAAAAAAAUAAAAUAGCAAAGAUUUUUUUUUUUUUCCAUUAUUGGGUUUUUUCUAGGGUUUUUUGUUUUUCUUUUUUCUAGUUUGUGUGGGGAAAAUUGUUAAUGUUGAGUGUUUUAAUUUUUUUUCCUCUGCAUGCAAUAGAACUUGUAGGGAUAGUAGAAAUCUUCAUACUGUAUGAAUAAAAAGAUGAAACUUGUUA